AUGUGGGGCUUACUUUUGCAGGAUAUAGCUGAGAAUAUAAAGAAGGAGUUUGACAAGAAACACACUGCGACUUGGCAUUGCAUUGUUGGUCACAACUUUGGUAUUAGCUGGUGUUCGAAAGUUGAGGAACGGGUAUUCUAUUACCCGUUUUUUCGGUUAUGGAAUUCCAAUCUGAAGGAAAGUUCAGCUGCUGGAUGGGAUUGGCAAAAACUCUACGAUGGUCUAGAACAAGCCUUCAUCACAGAGGAAGGGGGAGAUGAGUUUGACGACACAGAGGAAUGUGAAGACCUGUUUGAUAACACAGGAAAAACGGACAAGGCUGAGCCAUGGUGUAACACUGCUUAUUCUCUUGAGAAGAUAACCGAAUUCACCAUUCACGAGUGGAUGAAGUCUGCCCCUCAUGUAAACCUGCUUCUACCAACACCUAAUGUCUUCAUUCCAACGGAUUUUGUCAUUAAAAGAUGUUAUAGACAAGAACAUGUUUCCUGUUUUGUUGAGAAAGACACCAUUCUCAAGAUUGUGGUAUACGCCGGAUACGAAGUUCUUCAGACCAAAGGAUUUCAACUGCCCUCUUGCAGUCAGCUCUCUUUCAAAUAUUUUCGUUUGGCUGCUUAUGGACUAUUUGAAUGA